GUAUUCUAAACCUGACCUAAUCAGAUUUAUCAUUUAUCAGAAGAAAAUCAAUUUGAUAACUAAUCUCCGUUGUUGGCGCCCCCAAUAAAACAUCUUCAAUAAUCCAGUGGAGCUGACCGGUGGCUCUCCUGCGGCGUCGUAUCAUAUCAACAUCCGAUGGAGGUGGUUCCGAUACCAGUCGACACCUACAAGCUAGGGUUUAUCGGCGCAGGCAAAAUGGCGGAGAGCAUCGCCAAGGGAGUGGUGAGUGCAGGUGUGCUGCCACCGUCGCGCAUCUGUACGGCUGUCCACUCCAACCAGAGUCGUCGUGAUGCCUUUCAGUCCUUCGACGUCAGUGUCCUUUCCGAUAACUCAGCUGUGGUUGAAGACAGUGAUGUGGUUGUGUUCUCUGUGAAACCCCAAGUCGCUAAAGCUGUGAUCUUGCAAUUGAAGCCGAUGCUAACAAAAAGGAAGCUGCUGGUCUCAGUUGCUGCAGGAGUAAAAUUGAAAGAUUUGCAGGAAUGGGCCGGCAAUGACAGAUUUAUCAGGGUGAUGCCAAAUACACCUGCUGCUGUAGGCGAGGCGGCAUCUGUGAUGAGCUUGGGAGGAACUGCUACUGUAGAAGAUGGGGAGUUAAUAGCAAAAUUAUUUGGAUCAGUUGGGAAGAUAUGGAGAGCGGAUGAGAAAUUGUUUGAUGCAAUCACUGGCCUGAGUGGUAGUGGCCCAGCAUAUAUAUUUUUAGCAAUUGAGGCCUUGGCUGAUGGAGGAGUGGCUGCGGGUCUACCACGAGAACUUGCGCUGGGUCUGGCUUCUCAGACUGUUCUGGGUGCAGCCUCUAUGGCUUCGAAAGCAGGGAAGCAUCCUGGUCAGCUGAAAGAUGAUGUUGCCUCCCCGGGUGGGACUACCAUUGCUGGUAUUCAUGAGUUGGAGAAGGCUGGAUUCCGUGGGAUAUUGAUGAAUGCUGUUGUUGCAGCUGCCAAACGUGGUCGAGAACUUGCUUAAAACUAAGGUUACAUGUUUUGACUAUUCAUAUUCUUUCCAUAGCAGCAGCACUGAUAAACAUGAAUCCCAUUGUUUUUAUGUCAUUACUUUUAACAAUGAUCUUUUGGCCCCCCUUCCUUUUACUUGUCUGUAACCGAAAGUUGAAAGUUUUUUUUUCUGACAUAUUAGAGAUUUAUCUAUGCUGAUCUUUGCAAUAAUUUGAGUUUAA